AUGAACUCUCUUAGAGCCCUACAGAGAAUCAAGCUUGUUCAAAACACGCUCACGACCAAUCAUCUAGGACGAACCAGCCAGUUUACAACCAUGACUGCCACAACGGAUGUCAAGAACUACAAGUUCAAUCACUCGAUGAUCCGAGUGAAAGACCCAAAGGCUUCGGUCAAAUUCUAUGAAACCCUCGGCAUGAAGGUCGUGAAGCAAAUCCAGCAGCCCGAGGCCAAGUUCGACUUGUACUUCCUUGCCUACGACUCGCCCAACGCGCUAUCGGCGAACAAGAGCGCCUUUGACCGCGAGGGCAUCAUCGAACUGACCCAUAACUACGGCACCGAGAAUGACCCGGAGUACAAAAUCAACAACGGCAACACGGAGCCGUACCGCGGCUUCGGUCACACGUGCAUCAGCGUCGACAACAUCCAGGCAGCGUGCCAGCGCCUGGAAGACGCGGGCUACGCGUUCAAGAAGAAGCUGUCGGACGGCAAGAUGCGCCACAUUGCAUUCGUGCUGGAUCCUGACCAGUACUGGGUCGAGAUUAUCGGGCAGAAACCGAUUGAGCAGACGGAGAAUAUUAAGGAGACGGAUGUGACCACGUACAGAAUGAACCACACAAUGCUUCGCGUCAAGGACCCUCAAAAGUCACUCAGGUUCUACCAGGACGUCCUUGGCAUGACGCUGAUCCGCAAGAACGAGUCCAGUGACUUCACGCUCUUCUUCCUAGCCUACGGCGACCUCAAAGAGGGCGAGAGCCAGGCUCAGCGCGAGGGUAUCCUCGAGCUGACAUGGAACCACGGCACCGAGAAAGACGAGAGCUUCAGCUACCACAACGGCAAUGACCAGCCUCAGGGCUUUGGGCAUAUUUGUGUCACGGUCGACGAUAUAAACGCCGCUUGCGCUCGUUUUGAGGACUUGAAGUGCAACUGGAAGAAGCGCCUUACUGACGGCCGCAUGAAGAACGUCGCCUUCCUGCUGGACCCUGACAACUACUGGGUCGAGGUUGUGCAGAACGAGAGAUUUGCCGGGAAGGAGAAUUUCUAA